GAAACGCAAACUUCAUAUUUAAAUGCCCUACUUCGAUAAUUGAAUUCCGUUCGCGCUUUGCAACAGUCUUUUAUUCGAUCACUAACCUAAAAAGUAAAAAAUGACGUUGCAAGAACCGCCAAAAAUGUUUUCGUUUUUUAAAAGAAAAUUUCACUCCAAUAUGUGUAAAAUAUCGCCGAUCUUUAUCAGCAGCAUCACGAAUAUAAUUCUCGAAAAUAGCCCGAAUUAUGAAGCCUGGGAGAAAGUUUCUAGAACUGAGGAAAGAGUCAUGACUGUGACGAAGGAACAAGUUAACCAACUCAUCGCUUCCAACACAGUAGUGAUAUUCUCUAAAACAAAAUGUCCAUAUUGUAAAAUGGCUAAGGAGGUGUUUGAUAGCUUGAACCAAAAAUACACCGCCAUUGAAUUGGAUGAGAGGGAUGAUGGAAAUGAAAUUCAAUCUAUAUUAGGUGAAAUGACUGGAGCUAGAACGGUACCCCGAGUAUUUGUAAAAGAAGUAUGUCUAGGAGGAGGUACAGAUGUGAAGAAACUGUACGCCAGCGGAGAACUUCAGAAGAGAUUAUAAUGUACACGCCACCCGAUCCUGCUUUUGCAAGAAUUAUUUAUACAUUGAUUUGUUUUAUUUAAUGUAAUAAAAAUUGUUACUUAAGUAACCCACGAAGAUUGUUGUAAUUAUUAUUGAAACGAGAUAGACUCUUUUAGAUCAAUUGAUUAAUAAAUUGAAAUAUGCACAGGUAA